ACCGCGAAUCGUAAAGGUUAAUAAUCGCCCGCGUGUCGUGAAUCGAUUCCUGUAUAUAAAUUCACGUUGGUGGGGAGGGGGGCGUGUUGGACAGCGUUGAAGAGCGACAAUCGAAGCAUGGGGUUCUUCCACGGUGCUGUGGUUCUGGGAGUGCUGGUGGCCGGGGCACAAGCCCUGUACUCGCCAAGCGAUGAUGUGAUAGAACUGACGGCCAGCAACUUCAACCGUGAAGUUGUCCAGAGUAAUGACCUGUGGCUCGUGGAGUUUUACGCACCCUGGUGUGGGCAUUGCCAAAGGCUAACACCAGAAUGGAAGAAGGCGGCCACCGCUCUUAAGGGCAUAGUGAAGUUGGGCGCUGUGGAUGCAGACGAGCACAAGGGACUCGGCUCCACAUACAACGUUCGUGGAUUUCCCACCAUCAAGAUCUUUGGCAAUAACAAGAACAAGCCUGAGGACUUCAACGGUGGCAGGACGACACAGGGUAUAGUGGACGGUGCUUUGGGUGCCCUGCGGUCACUUGUGAAGGAUCGGCUCGGAGGAAAGGGAGGCUCUGACUCUGGAAAACAGGGAGGAAGCAGCGGUGGUUCUGGAAGUGGCAAAGAUGACGUCAUCAACCUCUCGGACGAUGACUUCAAUAAGAAAGUCAUCGGCAGUGAUGACACCUGGAUUGUGGAGUUCUUUGCGCCUUGGUGUGGCCACUGCAAAAAAUUGGAACCUGAAUGGGCUGCUGCAGCCACUGAGGUGAAGGCACAGACAAAUGGGCGUGUGAAACUCGCUGCUGUGGACGCCACCGUCAAUCAGGAACUCUCCAACCGCUUUGGGAUCCGAGGUUUCCCCACCAUCAAGGUGUUCCGCAAGGGUGAGGACGAGCCACAGGAGUACCAGGGUGGCCGCACCAAGUCUGACAUUGUGGCGUAUGCUCUUGAACUGUACACCGACAAUGCUCCUGCUCCUGAGGUCGUGGAGAUCCUCAACCAGGAUGUGGUAAAGAAAAGCUGUGAAGAGCAUCAGCUGUGCAUUGUGUCCAUCCUGCCACAUAUUCUUGACACAGGGGCUGCUGGCAGGAAUGGCUACAUCACCACCCUACAAGGGAUGGCCGAAAAAUACAAGAAGAAGCUGUGGGGGUGGCUGUGGACAGAAGCUGGGGCUCAGCCUGAGCUGGAGGAUUCCCUGGGGAUCGGAGGUUUCGGCUAUCCAGCCAUGGCGGCUGUCAACGCGCGUAAAAUGAAGUUCGCCAUCCUCAAGGGCUCCUUCAGCGAAAGCGGCAUCAACGAGUUCCUGCGGGAGCUGUCUGUGGGACGGGGCUCGACAGCACCGGUCAAGGGAGCUGCUUUGCCGCCAAUCAUCAGUAAGGAGGCGUGGGAUGGCAAGGAUGGAGAGCUGCCAGUGGAGGACGAUAUUGACCUCAGUGAUGUCGAGCUGGACGAAUUUGACAGAAGCGAGCUCUAACCACGUCGCAGUAAUCAUCCCGUCUCUCCUCCCAGACACAACCUCCCCACCGAAAUCUCUUCUCUACCUUGUCCGCACACACGUCUGCCUCCUUGACCCACUCUUCCACGCACACACUAGCGUGUGCGCGCACAACCGCGUGUGUGCGCACAGAGCUGUAUACGCACGUGCACACGGCGUCGUGCAUGCAUGCAUACAACUGCGUCCACGCGCGCAACCGCCACCCCACCCCUGCACCAUACACCCAGCCUUUCCUACUGCUUCUCACCAUCAGCAACAUGCAAUUGCACACACGUGAUAUCAGAAUCUUCAUACUGGAGGAAUAAGAUGAACUAUCAAGCUCUUUGUCACACGUCCAGGAGGAGCGGGGUCAGCAAGCUAAACACUGGGGAAACAAUACAGCUGUUCCAUCAACGUAAAAAACAUGACCCGUGUAAAGGUUUCCCAGAUAUAAAAUACGGUCUGUUGAAGGGUGGCUUUUAGGUUUUUUUAAUUUUGAAUUUGACAGUGCUUUUUCCAACUGCAUCCAAGAACAGGGCUCGUCUUAAAAAUUAGUAUGGGGACGUGCCAGUGGCAGCAUGGGGAGGAAAGUGUAAGGGUGCUCGUGCAUGAUAUGGGCUGGUUAUCUGUCAUAGUGUGGCAAUGUGCGAAUCGGGAUAUUCGACUGCUCAAGCAGGGUGGUUGGCAAGUUGCAUUUUUCAUGAUGCGUUCAUAAAAGGUGUUCAUCCUCCAAAAUUACUACCUAUGCCACAGUGGCAGGAAUAAACAGCAGUGGCAGAAAUUGAGGGAACUGCCCUCGUGUUCUCCCUGUACACAAGCCCUUUGGUCUGACUCGUGCGUUUGCAGAAAGGCAGUUUCCACUGGGUUUUUUGGCAGAAAGGUGAAAAACAGGUCUCUUCCUGAAUAAUCAAAGAAGUCACUUCUGCUGUGCAUGCACAUGCAUUAUAAAUGCAUGCACUUAGGUUGAGAGUGCCCUGUGCAAUCCCCAUUGUUCUGCACGCUCCACGACCCUUUCAUACCUGCCAAUGGCACCCCCAUGUAUUGAAGUCGAGCGUGUGCAAGUCUUCCUCCGCAACCCAAAAAGGCCUAUCUGUAAAGGUUGACUCUUCACCUAAUGCUGCUCAACAGGUCGUUCCCUUUAGUGGAUGUGCAGCCCUGAUGUAGAGACUUUUACUGAUAUUUAUAGACGUUCUUGAAAAGCCAUGUUCACAAUUUCGUAAACGUACGAAGGAGUUUGUAAAAUGGCUAUUGGUUGGUUAUUUUACGUUUUUUGUAAAGGGGUUUGCUUCAUUUAAAUUAACCACUGCUUUCGAACAUCACCUUGCAAUUUAAUGGCUCGCGUUCACCAACCACGAACAAAGUAAACCAGUGACCAUGUUAAUGCACCUCCAAUUUUAAUUCAAAAUGACUGCAGUCAAUUGGUUAUUGUACGCCAAUUACAUUCGUCACCGUUGUAAUGGCUUGGUAAUUAAACUUUAUUGGUUAUUAAAGUUGCUGGUGAUUUUGCGCCAUGCUGUCCAAUAAAAUUCCUGCAUAAAUUUUUGGCAGCUGGUUUAGGCUUUUGGAAUGUUUUGGUCUUGCAGUGCCGUGCCACUGAUUCCUUGGCUCGGGUGAAAUUGUUAUGCACUUGCCGUUUCAUGCUUUCUUGAUGGCGCCGUGUGGUUAAUUAAACCACCCCAGUCGCUUCACUUGAAGCCAGGCAGUCUCCCUCCAUUGCCAGACAAUUCAUGUCGAGGAGGAUUUGGCUUGACGAGAUGCAGUGCACAAAGUCCUACUCGGCUGUUUUAACCAAUUAAUGAUUAAAUACUGGGGUGCUGUGUGAAAAAUAUGGCAGUGUUUGAGGUAGGCAUCGGUCUGCUAAUGUUCUUAGGAUGUUGGUUAUUUGUAAUGCGCAUUCAAGCAUAGUUUGCUUGAAAUGCACCUUGAGGUGGAUUUGCGGGGGGCUUUUCAUAUAACUCUUCACACGUUUAACAGUUGGCAUGGGCAAUGACUAUUGCCCAACCAUCGACCAGUUUACCAAUGACUCCUGCUAGCCCAGACCCUAGCCGACAUGCAGUACUGUAUUUGAAUUGGGAGGUUCUUGGUUUAUUCAUACAUGUUUAGUGGGAAAUGCACCUAUGCUAGAGUGCAUUUUUCCCACCACAAUGCAUCUGAAACUGGUGACACCCUUGCCAUUUGGAAGCCUCAAUAAAAACGUGGCUUAUUUUCCAA